GUGUGUGGGGGGAACCGAGCUGAACCGGGCUGUGGGGCCGUAGGGCUGCCUGAGCUUCCCUCAGGGGGCUCCGCUGGGGGCCGAGCCCCGUGCGCGGAGCCGCUGUGGGCGGGAGGCGGCGGGGGACGGAGCCGCUUCAAAAUGGCGGCUGCGCGGGGCGGGCGGGAACGGCCGUUGGUGGCCGCUGGGUGACGGGCGGGGAGCGAACCGGGACCGGGCCGGGCGCUGAGGAGCCGCGCGGUGCCCGCUUCCCCCCUCCUCCGCCCGGCCCCUGCCUCAGCCCGGGGCUCGCUCCCCGCCCCGCCGGUCCCGCCUCUCGCCGCCGGUGCCAGCCCCCUGCCUCCUCCUUCCCUCCCUCUCCCUCCCUCCUUCCCUCAGCCUCCCUUCCCGCAGCCCCCCGGGGGCUGGCGAGCUGCCCCCCGAGCCCUCCGGGGGCUGCCGUGCUCGGGUCUUUGUCCCCGGUGCUGGCCCUGGCAGCCCUCCCUCAGAGCCAGGCGCCGCCAUCUGCGCCCCGGGGAGGCCGGAGCUUGGCUUUUCUUCUGCUCCUCAGCUUUAUGCGCGGUUUUGGUGCCUUGCCACGGCUGUUGGCGAAGGGCGGUUUUGAAUUCGGGGGACUGAAUCCUAAAAUUUGGUGCCAAGGGGAAGGUGCUGCCCUAACUGUUACUGUAUGGACUCUUGCUCAGUAGCAUGGGAGAAGAGGAAGGACUACAUCAAGCACAAUUACUGAGGUUAAUCAUGCCAGUAGAAACUCAGGAGGAGCGAGGAGAAGCUGCCUCUCUGCUAGGUGAAAAACAGCCGUUGAGAUGUUCGCUUCUGUGCGAAGCAGUGGCUCCUGACUUCCAUCAAGUUUGGAACUUAAUGGGAACCAGGAGCUGGGAGCCUCUGCCUCUCUCAGAUGCCACUCUCCGAAGCCAUGACUCGUGGACCUGCUCACCCCUGGUUCCCGAAUAUCGUCUUUGGGAUCCAGUCCAUAUGUUCCUGACCCCUGUUGUACCACACUGGCCAUUCUAUAACCUGGACACAAUGUUUGUGCGAGGAUUAAAGAGAAAAUGUUUCGAUGGCGAAGAAGAUAUUGAAGGAACUCUGGCUGGUAUUAAGGCUAUUCCUUCAUACAAUCUUCAGCGACAGUCACUUUUAGAUAUGUCCUUGGUUAAACUUCAGCUGUGUCACAUGCUGGUUGAACCUAACCUUUGUCGUUCGGUACUUAUAGCCAACACGGUACGCCAGAUCCAAGAGGAAAUGACCCAAGAUGGGACUUGGCAGAUGAUAAAUACGCAGAGCACAGGCCAGGCAUCUGUGGAUCGUCUUGUUUCAACAGAUAUCCUCUGUCGCUCAUCUAGGGAACAAGCUGAGGGAAAGCAUGUUCCAGGUUACAGUACUUUCAGUAAAGACUUUGAGGGCGACCAGGCACAAGAUAGUUCAGAAACGAUGUCAACAGCCUCUUCAGUGCAAGCUCCGAGAAACCUGCCAAGUAAUGUGUGGGAAAUGGAGAAUCCACAGGAAAACAAAGGAAACUUUCAAAAAUCAUUAGAUCAAAUAUUUGAGACACUGGAGAACAAAACUCCUAAUUCAGUGGAAGACCUCUUUUCAGAAGUUGACAACUCUUACUAUGAUCUUGAUACUAUGUUAACAGGCAUGAUGAGCAACACGAAAAUGGGACACUGUGAUGGGCUAGAAUCAUUUUCUUCUCCAACAACUACAACUUCUAGCUCUAAUUGUAAAUCUGAUCUUAACGAGCUUGAUCAUAUUGUGGAAAUCCUUGUUGAAUCCUGAAACUCCUUGUGUAGGAGAGAGAAAUGUGUUAAUGGAAAAAAGACUCAAGGAAAGCUAUUUCCAUAGUUUGCUCUAUCAAAUCUGCACGUGUAUUUUACAAAUAUCUAUAUAUUAUAUAGAUAUAUAUAUUAAAAAAGCACUUCAUAUUGCAAAAUAGUGUUAACUCUUAAAGUUAACCUGCAACUUGUAGUGUAAUAAUCCAAUUUCUUGUCCACUGAACUGUAAGUACAUACAGUAAAUGGUUAAGUAUGGGGUCCAAGGCUUUCAAAAUUGGGUUCCUUUUACCAAUUUGCUUUAGCCUUUGAUGGAGGACAUGCUCACUGAAAGGAGAGAUGAGAGAAUCCCUCCUUCUUACCCUUCUCCCAGUGAAAAUGGUAAUAAAUAGAGAGAGAAGUUGGUCAGCUGUUUUCCUAUUCUCCUCUAGUUUCUACUUUGUUACGGGACAUAACUCCUACUAUAUCUGCUGCUUCUGAUCUAAGUUGCUACAUGGCUCUUAAAGAGCAGUAUGCAAUGGUUCUUGUUACUCUAGCUAGCUUAUUCUGGGUUUUGCUACAAUUUUUACUUUAAAAAUAGUUUUAAAGUGUUUAUUGGUGUUUAGAUUUUUCCAGGUAUUUUCCUAAAAUAUAUUUUUACUACAGAUGUUAUGUCAGCUGCUAACUUAGCAACUUUUGAUCAUAACUGCAGUUGAUGUAUUUUUUAAAAGGUUUUCAAAAAGGGAUGCUUUUUUACUGUGAGCUACCCAAUGUAGUUCAGUAAAGUGUAUGUAAAUGUAAAUAUACGAUUUUAUACUUUACAUUAAAAUGUAAGAGCUGUUUUCAUGAAUCUGUUUUUAUAGAGUAGUACUUUACUAAAUUGAGAAUUGUACAAUUACGCUUUUUAUACCCCAUAUACUUGAGUAUCAUUAGAGGAAGAGCUCUGAUCCAACUAGAUACAAUUAAAUUUAAUUAAUUUCAGACCGUAUUUUUUGUUAACUGCAAACCUAAAUUACCUAGGUUUUUAUUUAUGUGUAUUUAUAUGUAAAUGUCAUCAAGUGAAUUGUUUAUCACUGAAGUCUACCAUCAAAUAUUUGUUUAUAUGGGAUAACUAUCUUGCACUAAUUACUACAAAAAGUGUUACUAGCGGCCUUCAAAUCUCAACUGGUAUGUCUUGAUGUCUUGUCAUAAUUAGUAUGCUCCACUCUUACCAAGGGUUUCCUCUUGCCUUUUUUUUUUAAUAACAAAAGAUAAUACAACAUGG